UCAUGCUGCUGCCAGUCCAGAGUCUCUCAUGGGUCCCUGUACGGCCUCCCAUUGCUGCUGUCUCCAUCGCCACACUCUGCCAUGUGCCACUUUCAGGUCUCCUCACACUGCUGGUGUGUGUUCCAUUUUUUGUCAUAGGGUGCUGGCAGAUUACGGGCCUCCCAUAGCUGCUGCCAGGCCCCUAAUCUGCCAUGGGCCCCUAUACCGCCUCCUCAUGCUGCUGCCAGUCCAGAGUCUCUCAUGGGUCCCUGUACGGCCUCCCAUUGCUGCUGUCUCCAUCGCCACACUCUGCCAUGUGCCACUUUCAGGUCUCCUCACACACUGCUGGUGUGUUCAAUUU